UAGUUACUAAUUAUUUCUCUGUGGAAACGGACGACCGUUGGUUCAAAAAAUCAAUCAUCGCCUUUAAAAAAUUUCAAUUAUUCGAUAGAUUUUGUCGAAUGUGAAUCUAUUCUGUGCUCAAUCUAAUACAUACAGCGUUUAUCUAUUAAUUAAAUUGCUGUAGACAGCAUCAAAAAGAAGACUGGAAAAAACACUCAGAAAUCUGCAAACCAUUUAAGUUGACAGAAAAUCUCACGUUGGGUCGUUACUAUGUGGCCACGAGAAAUAUUAAACAAGGAGAAAUCGUUAUCAAGGAUAAUAAACCUCUAGUCGAUGGUCCUAUGCACAAUUCUGUUCCAGUCUGCCUUCGAUGUUACACAAUGUUGUAUAAAACUACCGCGGUGCCUUGCACGAAAUGUGGAUGGCCUCUUUGUGGGGACUGCAAGGACCAUGGUUUGGAAUGUGAUUUCACUUCUUCGCGCAGAAAUGAUAAGGUAUCCAUCACUGAGUUCGGUUAUCCACAUCCAAGUUAUCAGUGUAUAAAUGUCAUAAAAGUACUAUCUAUGAAAAACAACAACCCAGAAUGUUAUCAAAAGUUGUUAUCACUUGAGGGCCACUCGGACAGACUAAAAGAAGAGAGAAGUUUCAACUUCGAGAAACCGACAAACACCGUGAAUUUCAUCAAAAGAUUUUUUAAAACGGACGAUAUAUCGAAAGAAGAAAUUAUAAAAAUCAUCGGAGUCCUGCAGGUUAAUGGACAUGAAGUUCCUCUCACAGAGCCACCGUACAUCGCAGUUUACGAGCUGGCAUCGUUGCUCGAACAUUCCUGUAAAGCGAAUUGCUCGAAAAGUUUUACUAACGAAGGUGGGCUAAUAAUUCAUGCUGCGACACAUAUCACAAAAGGAGAACACAUUUCUAUCUGUUAUACGGAUCCACUAUGGAGUACCACAAAUAGAAGGCACCAUCUGUUCGAAACCAAAUUUUUCGAAUGCAUUUGUGACAGAUGCAAGGAUCCCACGGAAUUUGGAACGAUGUUUAAUGCUAUAAAAUGCGACAAGACAAAUUGUCAUGGUUAUAUGCUGCCUAAAACUUUUCUCGAUCCAGAUCAAAUGGAUUAUAUAUGUUCGACGUGUGGAUCAAUAUUGCUAUAUAAAAAAGUUGAAGAAAUUCAAGAGAACAUCGGCAUAGAUCUCUCCAGAAUGAAGAAAAACGAUAUUAAAGCGUGUAAAACAUUUUUGGAUCGUUAUAAGACUGUGCUUCAUCCAAAUCACUUUUAUAACACCGAUGUAACUAUUGCUCUGGCUCAAUUAAUUGGCCAACAAGAUGGAGGAUUACAAACAGUCGCGGACGAUCUUCUUGUUAAGAAACUUGAAUUGUGCAAGAAACUCGACAAUUUACUCAAAAUUCUUGCACCUGCUGAGAAUCGAAUUCGGGGAUUAAUUCUUUUCGAGUUGCAUGCAGCCUAUGCAGACUUCAGCAGAAGACACGUAGAAGAAGACACUCUACUAUUAUUAGGGGAGUCAAGGAAGGCUUUAGUCGAAGCUUAUCGAUUAUUAAAACUUGAACCAACAGCCCUUCCAGAAGGAAAAAUUGCACAACAAGCUCAGAUAAACUUACAAAAAACUACUAGUAUUCUCAAUCAUUUGAAUUCAGCAUCCAAAUCUUAAUCAUGCAUUAUCGUGUACAAUACACGUGUCGACUGAAAAUGCUUUUGAUGGUAUAUUUGUGUCAUCAUAUUGUUAUAGAAAGCGCAACAAUAAAGACACGAACGUAGUAGGCGCAAUCAUUUGUAAAGAAAUAAACGUAUAAAAUAAGCUGUGGCAGAAUACUGUAUCCCGAUAAUUAUCGUAUGUGUGAGAGUAUAAUGUGCGACAUUUGAAUUGAAAAUAUUAGUCGAGCCAUGUUUUAUCAGCCACGUUACGCUUCUUAACGGUGCCUAAACAACAUUUUGCAAGGUUCUCCUUCAUUUCUAAUGUAAAUAAUUGUAAGACAUCUCAUACUUGUCCUAGAAGCUUUGGUCACUUUGCUCUACAGCUACUUUGUUCUUCACGUUUGCCGUACCUCCCGUUUAUCGCAUAGUCCUUAAUAUCGAUUAACGAUGUUCCUAGAUACCAAUACAAAACCUAUUUAUCACGCUGCAUAACAACUGGCAUAUCACGAUGACAAGCGGAAACGAAUUUCCUAUAGGUUCCAUGUUCAUCAGCGUGGCAGUGCAGGAAGUUUCGCCUCCACAGUGCGACGGGUGUUGAAAAAGAAACGAAUUAAAGUUCCAAUUUCGCUAAACUUGGACAAAAUUUGCGUAUGAAACGAGCCGUGACGGGUCGCACAUGUCGCUAUAAUUUUAACAACGCGUGCCCUAAGGGCUUCGUGCCCCAUUCAAGGGAUGGAUCGGGGUGGAAAAGACCGCAGGGUUGCUCGUGACUGCACAGCUAACCGGAUGCGAUUUUUUUCCUCGUUUCACCAGAGAAUUGCUCGGGAGACCGUGCGGGCAAUUCGUCUCGCUACUGUUGCCCAACGAUCGUUGCCAAGGAGGAAGGCAAAUAUUAUGCGUAGGUCAUGGUUCGUCGCAGUACCUGUACACCUGGGUCGAUAGACAUCGACAUUGAAUUAAUUUAUUAAAUUGUUUUUCGUAAAAUUUUGCAAGAUUAAACAGAUUGAGAAAUAAAUAAUUAUUCCUUCUUAGAUAUUUAACCCAAAGUAUACAUUCAAAAGGUUUUCUCCGAGUAAGAUAAUAAUAUAAUAAUUAUCGAUAUACUGCUUUAUAACUGGGAGUGUAACAACUAGACCGUGGAUGCUAAUGAACAAUAUUUUUACAGAUACAGAAACAGAUUCACAAACAUAGAUUCUAAACGUUAUAAUAUAAUCUCACAGAUUUCCUCAUACUUCUAUUUGCUAUAAAUGCAUAAGCAUCCG